AUGUCUCAAAUAAUCAUUCAGUUCUUUGUUCAUACAUCAAUACUCGUUCUAAUUCUCCAAAGCACUGUAUGUUUGAGCUUACAAAAUGACACAAUUUCAACAGGUGUGAUAAUCAGAGAUCCAGAAACCAUUACAUCAGCAAAGCAGAACUACAUAUUGAGAUUCUUCUCUCCUCCAAACACCACCAACCGCUACGUAGGAAUCUCCUUCUCCUUGUCGGAAGAAACCGUGAUUUGGGUCGCCAACAGAGACACACCCCUUAAAGAUUCUUCCGGCGCCGUUACUCUGUCUAAUGACGGCAAUCUCGUCGUCUUGGACGGGACUAAUCGAACCGUUUGGUCGACCAAUCUCACCACUACCUCUCCCAUCAUUAAUCCGGUCGUCCAAAUCCUGGACACUGACAAUCUCGUCUUGCGGGAAGAGGCCUCUGGAGACACGCUGUGGGAGUCUUUCUCACAUCCUACGGAUGUUCUGAUGCAGGGAAUGGCGUUAAGCCAGAACGUAAAGACUGGGAAGCAGGUCCUGCUGACAGCGUGGAAAAACGCCACCGAUCCUGCCAUAGGGAGCUUCAGGGGAGGCAUAGAAGUCAUGAAUGGAAUCCCACAGCUUGUCACCAGGAACGAGGGGCGGCCGCACUGGAGGAGCGGGCAGUGGAACGGCCUGAUUUUUUUUGGGUUAAAGCUAAUGUUCAGCGCCUUUUUAGAAGGCUUCCAUCAAGUGAAGAAUGACAGUGAUGGGAAUUUCUUCUAUUCGACACCGCCGCUGGAUGUUUUUAUAUCAGUCACAUUGAAUUCUUCGGGUACUGUGACUCGGAAGGUGUGGUAUGGCGUGGCGAAGAGAUGGAACGUGAUAGUGUCAUAUCCUGAAAACGAGUGUGAUCUUUGUUUGAGAGGGUUUGAGCCUGUAAAUGAGGAUGAAUGGGGGAGAGGGAAUUGGACUAAUGGUUGCAGGAGGAGGAACCAAUUGCGAUGUGGAGACGAUGAAUUUGAGAGGGUGCAGUAUAUGAAGGUUCCGGACUUUGCUCAACCCUUUCCUUCUAGGGUUCUAGACGAGUGUCGGACCAGAUGUGUGGGGAACUGCUCAUGCAUAGCUUAUGCUUAUGAUGGUAACAUUGGUUGUAUGUUUUGGAGUGAUACCUUGAUUGACACUCAGGACUUUAUUGAUGUUGGUGUUGAUCUCUACCUUCGUCUCUAUGCUUCUGAACUCGAUAGCCAGAAGGAGAGGAAGUUGUACAUCAUAAUUGGAGUUGCUGUGGGUUUUGUUUGCAUAUCUAUUCUGAUGUUUAUUGCUUGGUGGUUGAUAGUGAAGAGGAAAGGCGGCAAAAGGCAAGAUUCAAAUAUUUUGGAAGCAGGACAGAUGUUCACGACAGAUUCAACUGCAAUCGUACUAAAAAAUGAAUCAAAUGAAAUUAAUAUUGGUGAGUUGCCAAAGUUCACUUUUAAGAUGCUUGCUAAAGCCACCAACCAGUUCCGUGUAACUAAUCUUCUUGGAAGGGGUGGUUUCGGUCCUGUUUACAAGGGAGUUCUGGCAAACGGGAAAGAAAUCGCUGUGAAGAGACUAUCAACAGACUCUGGACAAGGCAUGCAAGAAUUCAUGAAUGAAGUGAUUGUGAUAUCCAAACUCCAACACAAGAAUCUUGUCAAACUUUUGGGAGGUUGUGUUGAGAAAGAAGAGAAGAUUCUAAUAUACGAAUACAUGCCAAACAAAAGCUUGGAUGCUUGUCUCUUUGGUCGUACAAAUCCUACAAAGAAGUUGUUAGAUUGGAAUAUGCGUUCCAGCAUUAUCGAGGGCAUUGGGCGAGGCAUUUUGUACCUUCAUAGAGACUCCAGAUUAAGGAUCAUUCACAGAGAUCUCAAGCCAAGUAAUGUUCUGCUAGACCAAAAUUGGAAUCCAAAAAUCUCAGAUUUUGGGAUGGCAAGAAUAUUCGGAGGCAAUGAAGACCAUGGCAGUACUGCAAGAGUCGUGGGAACAUACGGAUACAUGGCGCCAGAAUACGGAAUGGAAGGCAUAUUUUCUGAAAAAUCUGAUGUAUUCAGCUUCGGAGUGCUGAUUCUGGAGAUUAUAAAAGGAAAAAAGAACACACAUUAUUUCAAUGAUGAAUUGUCCUUGAGUCUCAUAGGAUGUGCAUGGAAAAUGUGGAAUGAGGGUAACGGCUUGAGUUUCGUUGAGGAAAGAAUUGCAAGUAGGGAGACGGAGGAAGAGAUGGUUCGAUGUAUUCAGAUAGGGCUGUUGUGCGUCCAAGAAUCACCGAACGAUAGACCUCUGAUCCAAACAGUUCUAUCGAUGUUGAGUGGAGAAAUUGUGAAGCUGCCAGUGCCCAAACAGCCAGUGUUUGCAGAAAAUGGUUCGAACUCGGGCCCCAAUGGAUCAACACAACAAUAUGUCUUCUCCAAUAACGAGCUCACUCUUAGUGUGCUUGAUGGAAGAUGA